AUGUCAAUCAGUAGCAAUAAAUUUCUUCGCUUGCUUUUGAUUCGUUUAUAUCUGCUGAAAGAAGACGCCAUUUUUACGGUCGCUUGCAUCCAUUCGGUAGUCCAUGGGAAUCUAUCUAUCUAUCUAUCUAUCUAUCUAUCUAUCUAUCUAUCUAUCUAUCUAUCUAUCAUCUCUAAUCUUUCAUAUCUGUCUUUCAAUAUCCAUUUUCAUUUGAUGUAUCUAUCUAUCUAUCUAUCUAUCUAUCUAUCUAUCUAUCUAUCUAUCUAUCUAUCUCAUUCUGUUCAUAUCUCCCAGUUUUUUCUUUCUUUUCUUUUGUUUCUUUUAUCUUCACAUCUAUCUAUUUUAAUUCUCUCUAUAUCUAUCUAUCUUACUCUCUCUAUCUCUCGAUGUAUGUAUGUUUUUAUUUUAAUUCUCUGUCUUUUUCUCUCUGCGUCUGAUUAUCUAUCUAUCUAUCUAUCUAUCUAUCUAUCUAUCUAUCUAUCUAUCUAUCUCAUUCUGUUCAUAUCUAUAUAUUUAUCUAAAUUAUAUCACUCUCUUUUUCUAUCUCUGUCUGUCUGUCCCUCUUUUCUCUGCAUCUAUCCAUCUGUUUCUUUCGCAUCUAUCUAUCUAUCUAUCUAUCUAUCUAUCUAUCUAUCUAUCUAUCUGAGUCUGUUUAUACCUAUCUAUUUUAUUCUGUUCAUAUGGAUCUAUAUAUCUAUCUUAAUUAUGCCACUCGCAUUCUCUUUCUAUAUCUCUCUAUCUGUUUCUUUCUCUUCACAUCUAUCUAUCUGUCUAUCUAUCUAUCUGUCUAUCUAUCUAUCUGUCUAUCUAACACAAAAUUUGUUCAUAUUAAAAUUUUUUUUCUAUCUAUCUAUCUAUCUAUCUAUCUAUCUAUCUAUCUAUCUAUGUCAAAUAAGAAUCUUUUUUCUAUUAAAUAUAUCAGGCUGUUUUCAUCUUUUCUAUCUAUCUAUCUAUGCUAUUAUAUUUCUAUCUAAAAAUCUAUCUAUCUAUCUAUCUAUCUAUCUAUCUAUCUAUCUAUCUCCUUUCUAUCUAAAAUCUAUAUAUAAAAUCUUUCCAUCUCUUUUAUCUAUCUAUCUAUCUAUUCAAGUAUCUAUCUAUCUAUCUAUCUAUCUAUCUAUCUAUCUAUCUAUCUUUCGUUGUAUCUAUCUAUCUAUCUAUCUCAUCUAUCUAUCUAUCUAUCUAUCUAUUUAUCUAUCUAUCAAUCAGGUGAUCUAUCUAUCUAUCUAUCUCCUUAUCUAUCUAUCUAUCUAUCUAUCUAUCUAUCUAUCUAUCUAUUCAGAAUCUAUCUCAUCUAUCUAUCUAUCUAUCUCAGACUGUGGCAUCUAUAUAUCUAUCUAUCUAAAUCUAUCUAUCUAUCUAUCUAUCUAUUUAAAAAAAAAAAUUCUGAUCAAUCAAUCAAAUCUAUCUAUCUCAGGCUAUUCUCUUCAUAAUUUAAAGAUAUCAGAGUCUAUUCCAGUUUUCUUCAUUUCUAUCUAUCUAUCUAUCUAUCAUCUAUCUAUCUCUCAAAAUAUACGUUCUAUCUAUCUAUCUAUCUAUCUAUCUAUCUAUCUAUCUAUUAUCUAUCUAUCUAUCUAUAGGCUUCAAAUAUUCGUUCUAUCAGAAUCUAUUUAUCUCUUCUAUCUAUCUAUCUAUCUAUCUAUCUAUCUAUCUAUCUAUUAUCUAUCUAUCUCUUCUCAAGGCUGUAAAAAUCUAUCUAUUAUCUAUCUAUCUAUAUUAUCUAUCAAUCAGGCUGUGUGCAUCUAUCUAUCUAUCUAUGUCUAUCAAAAUAUUCUAUCAAUCAAUUAUUCUAUUCAAAAGCAUUCUUAUCUAUCUAUCUAUCUAUCUAGCUAUCUAUCUAUCUAUCUCAGUCUUCAUAGCGAUCUAUCAGAGUCUAUUCCAGUCUCUUCAUAUCUAUCUAUGUAUCUAUCUAUUUAUCUAUCUAUCACAUUCUGCUCAUAUUUCAUAUCUUAA